UAACAUGGCGGAAAACAUGUUGACAGAGUGAUAUCUUGUAAACUUAGUUAUUUCGCAAUUUAUGUUGAUAAUUUAUAACAAAAUGUAAUGCAGCUGUAGCUAGAAAAUGACAAGGUUUGAAGUGCAAUAAUGGAAAUCGACGAAGAGCAUGUCAGUACGCUGCUGGCGAUGGGGUUCCCUAGCGAAAAUGAAUGUAGAAAGGCUCUUCGUCUUGCAAAUAAUGAUUUGAACGAAGCAGUUGCCUUUUUAACCAACGACCACCCUACCUCAUCGUAUGACACAUUAGAUGAUAUUGAUGUCGAAAUGAAAGAGCUCUCCAGGACAUCUCAGCCUGUCUAUGGACCUGCCCCACCUCCCAGUUAUGAAGAGGUUAUACCUAGUACAGAGAGAGACUCAGCAGUGGAGAAUGGCAAUGGUUCAGAAAUGGUGGAGGAAGGUGGAAACCCACUUGAAUUUCCUGUCACCAACUUGUAUGAACUUGAAGGACGAGUGUUUGCUGAACAUUGGUCAAUACCUUAUAAGAAAGAAGAAUCAUUAGGAAAAUGUCUAUUAGCUGCAACACGUUUGGCUGAAGCAAAUUUAACUGAAAAUGAUGAGAAUUGUAAGAGAUUUAUCGAAAGAUGUAUGCCAGAAUCUUUUAGGAAGUUGACUAAUUCUCCAGCUGUCCAUCGUUGGAACACAGAGAUACAGGAAGGAAUCUUUAACAUGUUACAGCUGUUGGUAGAUCUAGUAGCAACCAGGAUACAGCACCUUCCUGUACCUAAGAUUUUAAUGGAAGUCUUCUAUCUGGCAUUGAAUAAAGAUUCUGAGUUUCAUUACAAGAACCGACAGAAGAGAGAUAGAACGUAUUGGGAAGAUAAGAUAGAAGAUGGUGUGUUGUAUACAUGUAAUACAAGCUACAAAUCUACUGUAGAUCCAUAUGGUUGGUUGACACACUUAAUAAAUAGGUUUGCCUGUAAAAAUGGUGUUGAACAUGUCCGAAGUAAACUAGAAGAUGAUGAUUUAGAUGCAAUAUCAAUGUCUGCACUGUUGAGUCCACUUGGAGUUUGUGCAGAAUUUCUUAAUCCAAAAGUUGUACAAGAAGUAUUAGCCCCAGCAAUGGAGAAAUGUAUUAAAUUUGUACAGAACUUGGAUGAGAAAGACUUCAAGCAAAAGAAUAUAGGCUGUGUUUCUGAAUUACUUGGUUCUAUGAAGUUAUUGUGUAUACAGAUGUGGCCUCAACAUACCGAUUCACUGGAUGAUCUUAGAUUAGAAAUAGCCUUUAAAAUGCUGAAAUCUCCUCACUUUAAUGCAAAGAUGAAUUCAUUGAAAGAGGUAGCAAAGCUGAUAGAAGAUGCCACAUCCGCUAAGAGUUCAAAGACAGCUAUGAAUUCUGCAAAGAUUUUACAGUGGCUGGUAGAAAACAAAAUAUUGUCUAUAGCCUUGGAAGGAAACAUAGACCAGGCUCAAUACUGUGAUAAAAUAAAAGGUCUGGUUGAUUUCCUAGGUUCAGAAUUGUCGACUGAGGAACUGAACAUGAUCUGGAAGAUGCAGAUUGGUCAAACAAACAAUGUUAUAGAUAAUAUGCAUACUAUCAUAGCUGCUGCAGCUGUCAAAUUUGAUUCAGUACAGUUAGAAAGUCUGUUCCUUCUUAUACAAAAGAAAUGGCAAGAAGAGUCAGAUAGGAUGAGAGAAAAGUUACUUAGCUUGAUAGGAAGAAUAGGGAGGGAUGGAAGAGAACCAAAAACUACCACUAGGGUCCUGGAGUUGUUAUGGGAUCUGUCCCACCUGCCUGCAUUAUCUACACAUUUAAUUGAGCUGGCAUUAGAAGAACAUCUAGCCAUACUGAGUGAUUCAUUUAGUGUUAGAGAACAAGUUAAAAGACAAUAUGUUAUCAAAUGUGUUGAAGACAUAAAGAAGGGUGUAUGUGUGUUACAUUCUUUGAAACAGUUACUACAUAUUUGUAAAAAUAUCCUGAAGUUAAGUUCACAGAAAACAGACAAGGGAAUCCUGCAUGAUCUAAACAAGAACCAUGAUGUUAUCAAACUGGUUACACAGAGCUUAGUAAAAUGUCACAAACAGGCUUCAGGAGCUGUAGGAGAUGGUCAGUUGGGACCAGACACUAUUGUUAAUAGACUCUAUGCACAUUCUGAAAUGGUAUCAACCCACCUGCUGUUUCUACAGUAUAUGUUACAAGAGGGAGCCUUGUAUCUGCCAUGGAGCAGAGCAAGGGAUAUAUGGGGAACACUCAUAGCCAGUCCAGAAGCAUGUGAAUGGGACAGAGAGACAUGUUUUGAAUGGUUUACAAAAGGACUACCAGAUUUAGAGAUGGACACACAGAGUCAGUUGUUUCAAAAAGAAUUGUUAAAACUUGACCCAGUUAAACUCAGUGAAAAAGGUUUUACCUGUUUUAAAAGUUUCUUAGAAAAUGUGAACAAAUAUGAACACAGAUUGAAACCAGAAGGUAACAAAUUGAUAGUGGAGAAGACAGAACUGUUAGGUCUAGAUUACCUAUGGGAUAUCUGUUUAAAUACAUCAGAUGAAAAUAUAGCUAACAUCUCUAUUCAGUUAUUGAUGACUGUGUCGUAUACAAACUUAGCACCUAGGCUGAAAAAGGAUGCAGUUUCACUGCACAAGAAAUUUAUCACAGAGUGUUACAAUAGAUUAGAGAAUGCAAUGAUAGGAAUAGGUGGUACAGUAUUAGCACGGUGUAUAUCAUCAGCUACAAAAACACUGACGGCACCUGUAGUACAGUUAGUUUCUACUAUCCCUCUUCCCUGUAGAUCUAUAAAACUUCAAAAUAUAGAGAGAUUAUUGUGGAUAGCUGAGGUAUAUGUGUUAAAUGUAGAGGAAGCCCACAACACCCCUAGAACAAUACUCCCUCAUGGUGCUGCAUUCCAGGGAUAUCAAAUCAAUCUGUAUGUCACAUGUGAAUCAAGUAAACAGGAUUUUAUGUUAGUGUGCCAUAGUAAUGAGACGCUCUGUUCAGUCCGAACAAAAGUUUCCAACAGAAUGAAGAAAGCAUCAGAAACUAUACAGAUAAUAGUGAAUGAGAAAAUGCUUGAAACAAAGAAAGAUCAAAAGUUAUUGAACCAGCUUGACUUUGAAGAUAACCAGACAGUAAUGGUCAAACUGACCACACCUGUUUCAGUGCAAUCAUCUCAGGUACCUACAACUCCAACUUCAAAGCUAAAUUUUGACUUGGAACAGGAGAAAACUUUACCUGGUGUAGUAAUGGCAGUAGGAGGACAAGUAUUUGAGAUGUUAUACCAACUAGCCAAUCUAGAUGAAGCAAGAAUAACAUCCCGAGUGAGAAAGUUAUUGAUGUUAAUUCCUACAGACCAGGGUAUAUCUGAUGUACUGGACUCUAUAAGUCAAAAGGGAAUGAAACAGUUUGGAUCAGGAGAGGACCUUAGUCCAAAAACUAGUCCAAGGAAAACCACACCUAUACCCAGUCCUAAAUUACCACCAAAAGAUAUUCUGAAGUCUUUGUUUGAUAGUGAGUCACAUGAUAUGUCAGCCUUUAGAGUGUUAUAUAAUUUAGAGGUUUUAAGUAGUAAACUAAUGCCAGUGACACAAGACAUUGGAAGUAAAUUUGGUGCUCAAAGUUUUUGUGAAGAUUUUUUAAAUGCCGGAGGAUUACAACUUGUAGUGAAUGUAUUACAGCCUGAAUCUUUAGCUCCGGACAUUAAUUAUACAAUUAGACAAGGAUGCUAUUCUAUAUGUCUACAGUUAGCUCGGUUUUUAUUAUGUGGACAAACUGUGACAGGAGACGGACUUGGUUCUAUUUCCUCAUUGGAUGACGUUAAGGCAGGAGCAAUUAGUGUACCAGCGACCCCAACCUCUCUUACUCAGCCUUUAACAAUCAUAGUUGAAAAACCAUCUGCUGGCAGUCAUGCUGUCCAGACAAUGGGUGUGUAUGAAUUUACUGAAACAGUUUCCUGUUUUAUGAGAGUCACAUGGGCAGCAGCAGCUGGAAGACUCCACCUACUUGGAUCAUCUCAGCCAAUCAUUGAAAGUACAACAGGGUUGUAUACCUGUGGGAAAAGUCGACAAAGUAGUACUGGUAGCACAGGUAGUACAAAUAGUGACAGUGAUUGUCAAAGUUUACAUGCUGGUGUGUGUAUCAGACAACAAAUUAUAUCUUCUCAGGACUGUACAAUAGCCAAAGAAGCCUUAGAAAUCCUUGUGACGUGUCUUCAACUCCGUUGUGAACUUAUAGCAUCUUUCUACACUCUACCAUGCAUUAGCGACUUCAUAAUAGAUAUUUUAGUGGGUUGUUCACAAUCAGAUAUAAGAACAGCAGCAUUAGAGCAAUUCUUCAUUCUCAGUCAAACUACAUUAUCAUCUGACUCUGUACAGCAAACACCUCAUCAAUUCAUGUUGAAAGUUUUACUCAAGGCAUAUCUUCCCUUCUGGGUGUCGUCAACACAAACCAGAGGUGCUAGUCAAAGGCUCAUCCUGCAAUGUUCUCAGUAUUUUGAUUUAAGGUGUAAAUUAUUAGAGAAUUUAUCAAUGCCAGACCAAACCAAAUUAAAUUUAGAUCUGCCUAAUAUGUUAGAAGAUGAGAUAGCCUGGUUAAAGAACUUUGAGACAUCAUCCAAUCCUGACCUGAUAGAUGCUGAUAACUUAUUACUAGGUGGUCAUCUUAAACUCAUCAGGAAUCUGUUCACAUGUGAAGGAAUUUGUAAAGAAGAAUUUGGUAGAACAUUAGUCUAUGAUCUUUUACAUGACUUCCUCUUUCCUGCCUCAAAAAUAAUGAUGGACAGUAUGGAUGAAGCUAAACGAGAAACAGCAUUGGCUGAAGUCAGUCCAAAAUGUAGGAAUUCAGAAUCUAGAAUAGCAGCAUAUGACUUGUUGAUAGAAUUAUCCAGGGAAAGUGUAUCCAUAUUAAAAGACUUAUGUAGACAGCUUGUAGAUAUGCAUCAUCAGCCUCACCCUGAAGUAGCCAAUGAAUGGGAGUACUUGCCACCUGUUGAUGGUCGAGCCAGAUGUGGAUACGUUGGAUUACGCAAUGGUGGUGCCACCUGUUAUAUGAACGCUGUAAUCCAGCAAUUAUACAUGACACCUGGGGUACCAGAAAGUGUUUUAGGUGUAGUGGAAGACACCCCUGAUGAAGACAGUGUGUUCUAUCAGUUACAACAAGUAUUUGGUCAGUUACUGGAGAGUAAACUACAAUAUUUUGAACCAGAGAAGUUCUGGAAAGUAUUCAAGCUAUGGGGACAAGUUGUAAAUAUCAGAGAACAACAAGAUGCCUUUGAUUUCUUCACAGCAUUAAUGGAUCAAGCAGAUGAAUACACUAAGACAAUUGGAAAAUAUGAAAUAUUCAAAAAGAAUUUCCAGGGUAUAUUUUCUGACCAAAAAAUCUGCAAAGAUUGUCCACAUAGAUAUGAGAGAGAAGAGGAAUUUUUUGCUCUGAACCUGACAGUAAAGAAUGCUACAUUACAAGAUUCAUUAGAUCAGUUUGUUAAAGGAGAGAUCUUAGAGGGAGAUAAUGCUUACUAUUGUGAAAAAUGUCAGGCUAAGAGGAAUACUAUGAAGAGAAUGUGUAUUAAAACACUGCCACCAUUAUUGUGUAUUCAACUUAAAAGAUUUGGUUAUGAUUGGGAGGCUAACAGAGCCCUAAAAUUUGAUGAUUAUUUUAAGUUUCCAUGGAUAUUAGAUAUGGAACCUUAUACAACUGAUGGCAUGGCUAGAAGAGAAGAAGCUGUAGAAACCAGUUCAGAAUCAUCAGAUUCAGGGGAGACAAAUCCUACUGAAGAUAAAUUACCAGACAUUGUGAUUGGAGUUUCUCCAGAACCUAAACAAAUAAAUUAUGAACUUGUCGGAAUAGUUGUACAUAGUGGUCAGGCUAACGCUGGACAUUACUACUCAUUCAUUAAAGAAAGAAGAGGGAAUUCCAUGACCAAUCCUAAUAAAGGAAAAUGGUUUAAAUUUAACGACACUUAUGUGGAAGAAUUUGAGAUGAAUGAUGCAAGCGUAGAAUCAGAGUGUUUUGGAGGAACGUAUAAAACUAAGAAUAAUGAGUCAUCAUCUACAAAUUAUCCAGAUGAGAGAGUACGGUAUUGGAAUGGUUAUAUGCUGUUCUAUGAGAAAAUGGCAGAAGUGAAAACUCCAGGAUCAGCUAAGAAAACCAGAAUAACUGCAAAGCGACCAGUUCCUGAUUUAGGGAAAGGAAGAAUGGAUUCUGAUAGUUUAAUGGAAUUAACAGAAUUAGUACAUAAAGGAGAAAGAAGAGGAAUAUUCAUGGAUGAUAUGCCAGCUAGAAUACAUCAAAACAUACAAGCUGAAAAUUUAACAUUUGUCAAAAAUAGAGAUGUUUACAAUACUGAAUAUUUCAAAUUUGUCAGAGAUUUGGCUGCUAAAAACUGUCAGCAAAUUGAUAGAAAGGACUAUUCGACUAUGUGUGUGGAGGGAUUACAGCUUGGUGUUAAAUUUGUCUUUAAUACAUACUUUCGAUCAAAGUUAAAAACAAGAGUUGAUUUAGAUGAAUGGUUAGAAGUAUUUGAUACAUUAAUACACAAGUGUAAGGAAGCGUGUAUGUGGCUGGUACAAUAUUUGUCAACUGAAGAAGGAUUUGCUUAUAUCAAACCAUUUUUGUUAGAGUGUCCAAACUCAGACGUCAGACGUACUAUAGCUGCCAUUUUACAGGAUAUGAUGUCAAAUUUCUUUUCACACGGAGGAUCACAGGCAAAUAAGAAUUUUAACGAAAUCCUGGAACACCUUCUACAGAUGCUGAACAAAGAUGUGAUAGAUCAUUGUAAAAACUGUAACCAAUAUUUUAAUGUACUCAGGUGCUAUGUUGAACUGGGGACCAAAGCUUGCACACAUAUGUUUUUACGACAAGGAUUCCAGCGUCUUAUAUUUUUUCUACUUGGGCAGCCAUCAUCAGAACAAAAUCAAGAAUCUUCUAGCAGGAGAUGGAGUUCUAUUCAGUCAAGAGAAUUUGGAAAUCUCCAUGCAACCAUAGCUUUGUUAGUCUUAAAUUGUGACUUAUCUGUGAAGGAUACUUGUGAACCUGGUGAUUUUCCUGUACGUAAACCUACAACUGUUAGUCCAUCAAAAGUUCUGAGGUUGUCGCCAGAUAUGGAACAGUAUGUGUUUGGUCCAGAGUCUAACAGAUAUAUCAGGGAGGUUGUCCAUGCAGUGAGAGAAGUAACAGGCAAUCACAACUAUAAUUGUAUAGCAGACAUGUUAAUACAAUGUAGUUUUUGUAAUGCUGAUUUUAGUAGACUAGUUCUAAAAUAUGUGAUGCACCAGUAUUCUACAGCCCCAUCAAAUGAGUUGAAACCAAUUUUUACACUGCUGGAAGAUUUACUGACGUUAGAAGACCCUAUACAGACAGACAGAUUACAGAUAGUGGUUGAUGGUUACAUUGAUGAAGCUGGAACAGAAUAUGAGGGUCUACUAGCUGUUGUAAGAUCUAAUCAUAUGAAUGACAGUCGACGAUCUUAUUCCUGCAUCAAGUUCUUAGUCAGUGUGGCUAACAAAUGUAAUCCUCUGAAGGAAUACCUCAUACAGAUCCCAUCCAAAUGGCAAUGGUCAGUCAACUGGCUCAAGAAAAAGAUGUCAGAGUAUUGGAGUCCUGCCAUUACAUCUACAGUAUCUAAUGAAGACUCUAACAGAAAGUCAUUCCAGAGAACCAUAAGUGCACAGUCAACACUAGAAGAAGCAAAAGCAUUACUGACUGAGAUAGAAUCCCAGGAAGGAUUUCAAUCUGAUAUGGAUACUAACGGAAAUAGAGCCGAAGUUGACACGGAGAAAGAAACUGUAACUUAUACUAGUAGUGACACACACAUGUCUACUGUAGAGGAACAAAAAGAACCUAAGGGAGGCAACUAAAACAAGGGGCAUAGAUCAUAUUGUUGAAACCAUUUAUUUCUUAGUAAUAUACAAUUGUUAAUUUGUUUAAUUGUUAAUUUUCUCUUUGUGAUCUACUCAAAAUCUUAUAGUGCUGAUUUAAAAGUAUUCUUUCUAUUUAUAGCCUUAUGUGUAUAGAAGAAGUACAACAUUUGUAUUGUUUCAUUCCAAGUGUAAA